UUAACACAGUUACCAUUUGUAAAUAUAUAAGUAAUAGACACAAUGAAGCCGGGAAUCUACGCAAUAUAUUUUAUGUUUGCCUCUAUGUCGGAAUUGUCAUUCGCUGCUCCUGCUAAACACACAGAGAUUUUCACAAAGUGCAAGGCAACGUACAAAACACUGGUUGAGCAUAUAGUAGCUUCUGAAGGGGAAGUAGCAAAGUCAACAAUUUGGAAAUUUCUAUUUCACGAUAUCGACCUCGAUGCGAAUGGACAAAUAGCCGCUUCAGAGAUUGCAUUGUUUUUGGAGAAAGAGCACUACAUUCACGACAGCGAUAUCAUGGAAACAAUGAUUGAAUCGUCCAACUGGAUUGAAGUCGCUGAUUCGAAUCAAGAUGAAGAGUUAACGAUUGAAGAAUUCAUGACUGCUGUACAAAAGACCAUAGUAGAAAGCAAUGAUUUGAAGGGGGGGAAAUUUUCUGAAGUGCCAAACAACAUUUGUCAUCUAUUCAUCAAUAAAAUCCCUCACCUCGCAGAAGUAAUGACAGAAUUGGAAUCCUGUACGAAGCAUCUUGAAGAAUCAAUGCUAACGGAUAACUCUGAAAGAGCAGAAUUCAAUUCUUGGGCAGCAAUAUUUAAAACAAUGGAUGAAAACCAGGAUGGGAGAAUCGACUUCGGGGAACUGAGAACAACAAUUGGCCAUUCCUUGACGAACGACGAAGACAUUGCUCUUGCUAACGCUCUUGGACAUGCAAUAUAUGGUGACAUUAUGCAUGAUGUGGAAGAUCUCACAGAGAAGCAUUUCUACAUGUUCGUUCACGAGUUGCUCUACGGAAUCAAAGAAUCGAAUAGGAAGAAUGUCUGGGAAGAUAUCGUCUCAGAACAUGAGCUAAGAGGAAGAUCAAUGAUGUGCAAGGCCAUUCGUGAUGUAAGAAUGCAACUGUCAAAUCAACGUGACGUCAUGAAUGAUUGCAUCAAAUCCUAUGAGGCAACGAGAAACUCAAUACUGGGAGCUGAUGGCGUAUUCGCUCCAGAGAUCGUUUUCACUAUGGCGGACGGAGACAGAGAUGGAGAAAUAUCUCAAGAAGAAUUCGACAUAUUCAUCGGGAGUCAUUCAACUCUCUACAGCCUGAUUGAAAGAAAACACGCAUCAAAAGACAUGAAAAUAGGUCAGUUCAGAUCAGUGAUGCCAGAUGCCAUAGUUACGGCUAGAAAAGAGAAUGACGCAAGGAGCAUGCUUGAGUCGUCGUCGAUGACAGCAUUAGAAUUACAUGACGCCGAGAAACUUUGUUCGGCAAUCAUUUCCUCUGUGGAAAAAUACCCUUCACACGAAGAUCACACUGUCACAACUGCUGAGAAUUAUGAAUCAAAUUAUCCCCAAAACUUGAGUUAUAAAGGUAUGGGGGAAUAUACCUUUCGUGAACACACAUUGCCACAUGAAGAAGAAAGCACGACUCCUGCAAAUACGGAUGUAAUGCAUCUAGUAGAUCACAAUGGAAAUCCAAUGGAAAUAGUUAUCAAGCAUCCUGAGGGAUUUCCAGCUGCCAGUAGUUUCAAAGGAUCGGGUGAAUAUAUUUGGAAGGAACACACUUUACCUGCUGAAGAAGUGAAAGCAACUCCCGGGCCAGCACCCGGAGAAUUAGUAGAAGCCCCUCUUGGCAGCGAGUCUAUUCAUCCUAUAGGUGAAAAGGUGCAUCCUAAUGGCGAAGUGGUGUAUCACAUGGUGGAUGCUGAAGGAAAUCAAAUAGAGUUGACGUUCACCAGAAAAGAGAUAGAUGAUAUCGAACAUCGAAUGGCAGAGGCCAAAGGUGCGCCUGUUGAACCUCACCAUACUGAAUCACCGAGCAAACAGCCUCCCAGCGAUUCUGAAGAAAGUGAACUCAUGAAGGAGAUUGAAAAAAUAUUAGCAGAAAAAGAUAGUGCUGCCGAAGAAAAAUUGCCCGAGUCAAAUGGCGAAACAGAAGAAGAAAAAGAAUUACAGGAAUUACUGAAAGAAAUGGAGUCAUCGCGCGAAUCAAGUUAAUGAAUGGCACGAACAAUAGUAUUUCUCAAAACGCCAAAUAUGUUAUUCUCAUGUCCGUUCUUAAAAAUAUCUUUUACAAGUAAAACUUGCCUUGUCUGACGUGCAGAGGGCACCAUUGUUAUUUUUGUUGUUAUAUUUUAAAUAAAAUGUAAGACAUUGUAAA